GCAACAUCGACGCGUAAAGUAAAGAAAAUAUACUGUAGGAGCAUGCAGUGACCUCAAGACAAUGAGGAAGCCGCCCGAUGGAAAUAGCUAUGUUGCCCGGAAUGGGAGGUCACAGCAUCGCCGUACAGUCGCAGGUUGCUGGCACUGGCGGUUACACACUGUAACACAGGAUACACUUUGCUUUUAUACUCUUGCUUUCUCUGUCUGUCUUUCAUCUCUUUCUCUAAAUUAUCAUGUCGUUACCUCCACAACUUCAGCACGCUCUCGAGAAUCUCAAAUUUCAAGCAAAGGACGCCUUUUGGGCGCUCUCAUCAUGUAUUUGCCAGGAAUCAGCAAAGGUCAAGAUUAACGGCCGAACAUUUAAGAUCAUUAAAGUCCUAGGAGAGGGUGGUUUCUCAUUCGUGUACCUCGCUCAAGAUGAGCAUAGUGGGGCUUUGCGUAUUUUCUCCGCGUAAUAGCGUCAAUUCGCUCUAAAGAAGAUUCGAUGUCCAAGCGGGAGUGAAGAUGUGAGGCAGGCUAUGCGGGAGGUCGAAGCGUACAGACGGUUUAAACAUCCCAAUAUUAUUCGUAUCUUGGACUCGGCUGUUGUACAAGACCCCGCUGGAGACGGCCAGAUUGUCUACCUUUUCCUACCACUAUACAAGCGCGGAAACCUCCAAGACGCAAUUAACGCAAACCUAAUCAACAAUUCCCACUUUCCCGAGAAAGAAAUGCUUCGGCUCUUCAAGGGCACCUGUGAAGCCGUCCGCGCCAUGCACGAUUACCAUGCCCCAAUCGGUUCCUCUUCAAACCCAUUCCCCGGCCGCGCGAACCAAUCAUCAUCUUCAAACACUCGUCAGCAACAUCAACGACGACUUUCCGGCGCAGGCGCACACCCAAAGCUUUCCGGUGAACACCCACGACUUUCUGGCGAACAUACCGAGAGACAAGCACUCAACCCUAGUCAUUCCGGUGCUGAUGACGAAGAGGAUGAGGAUGAUGGUAUGUUCCCACAUCCAGAAGGUGAUGCUGAUGGAGGGUACUCGUAUCAUGGAAGUGCUAAGAGUGGAAGAGUACCAUUGAUGACGAAACAUCGACCGCAGGAUGAGGGUGAGACGAUAUAUGAUGGGGAUGAGGAGCUAGCGAGGAUUCAGCAAGAGGGUUCGAGUGGGAAUGCGAAUGGGGGUGAGAGGGAACUCGUUCCCUACGCUCAUCGAGACCUUAAACCAGGGAAUGUGAUGAUCGCGGAUGAUGGAACGCCUAUACUCAUGGACUUUGGAAGUGCCAUGAAAGCGAGAGUCAAGGUCGAGAAUCGAUCACAGGCAUUGCUCCAACAAGAUAUUGCCGCCGAGCAAUGUACUAUGGCAUACCGAGCUCCGGAACUCUUCGAUGUCAAGACUGGUAUCACUCUUGACGAGAAAGUCGAUAUCUGGUCGUUGGGCUGCACGCUGUACGCCCUCGCAUAUUCUCAUUCACCGUUCGAGAAUACACAAACGACGGAACAGGGUGGUUCAAUAGCCAUGGCUGUUAUGAAUGCCCAGUACAAGCAUCCUAGCUCAGCGUAUUCGCAAGGGCUUCGGGAUCUCAUUGACGUUACGCUCAAACCGGAUCCUCAACAGAGACCGGAUAUUCACCAGGUCCUUGAGAUUACGAACCGAGCACUACAGAGGCUGAGCUAGUCUGAACAUUGCUGGUUUUCUGUCGUUGUCAUUGUUUAGAGUAUCCCUUGGUGUUUUGCUAUAUUUCUGUUAUGCUUUCAUACCUCUUCGGAACGAUGGACUUUUAACUUACACUUCUUUCCCGCCUGCGUGCACACAAACUUUAAGUCGUCUGGAAGCAUAAUCAAGAUCUGACGCUGAAUAGAUGAAACCACUGUCACUAAGUACGAAAUGAAGACUAUGAUGCUGCAGCCGCCACUGCCGC